UAUUGUAUCGAUUUUUGAAACUUUCUGGGGUAUGGCUGCUCUCCUGAAAACCUACUUUUGGCAGGGCCUGGCUCUGCGUAGGGUUGUUGCCAAUGUCGAACAGACCUUGCGAAACGUACCCACAGGGGUUAACGCAUACUCACGAGGAUGUCAUUUCUGACUGCAGGUUUUGCCAUAUGGCCACCAAGUGUUCGUUCUGCGACGGUAGUUGCCCCUUAGAGGCUUUACACUACUCCGUAUACUGUGAUCUUCCUGAUCCAAGUCAUUGGGAAUGCCGAUCAUGUACGAAAACGUUUGCUCACUUUCCAGGCACCAUACACCGUAGUUGGCUGACUGGGAAGGGCCCACUGACCCCAACUGUGGAUCAGCAUAAAGCAGGCUGUGUACGGAGUACUCCGAGUAAAACUAUACCCAGCUAGUACCCACACUAUGCUUUUAAGGGUUGUUCAUCAGUACGAAGUACGUACCAAAACACGGCCAACCCUGGAACCAUGAGGUGCCCCAUAUAUCUACCGAGCCGAAGCCCUCUCUAGCCAAAGCUUGGGAUAGAAAAGCUUUGAAUGAGUA